UCGAUUCGGGAGUGUGUUGUGUAUGUGUGUGCGCGUUUGUGCGUUUAUGAAUUUAAUUAAAAACCGCGAUAAUGCCACUAAGUGCUUUAGUCGUUAAAUUUAGUCGGCCGCGCCAAACGUAAUGUAACGAGACAGUAUUGUGGCGUUUUUUAGUCGUCGUGUGUUGUUUGUUUUGCCCAUUUAAAAAAAACACCUACCCGGGAGAGUUCGGCCUAGGCGUUUUCGACGGUUGCCCACCGCUCAGGAAGACGUUUGCCGCCGACACACGGUAGACAAAUAAUAUAUAAAUAACACUACAGCAGGAAAAAAGAAAAUCAUUCCGUCCACGGAAAUGCAUAGCCCGGACAACAGCGGUGCCGGCAGCGGGUAAACGACGACGCCGUGGGAGAGUAACGCCGCCGUUGAUCUUGUCGAGUGCUACGAUGCAGCAUAGCAGCGGCGUGAUCGGCAAACCAGACACGGUGAAAACGGUCAAGCACAAUGGGGGCAACAUCGCCGGCAUGUACGAUCUGGAACAAACGUUGGGCAAGGGACACUUUGCAGUCGUCAAGUCGGCGAGGCACGUGUUCACCGGCGAACAAGUGGCCGUCAAAGUCAUCGACAAGAAUAAACUAGAAGAAGUUUCCAGAAAUCAUCUUUACCAAGAGGUUCGAUGCAUGAAAUUAGUUCAACAUCCAAACGUCGUCAGGUUAUACGAAGUGAUAGACACUCACAGUAAACUGUACAUCAUACUUGAACUGGCCGACGGCGGAGAUUUAUACGAUUACAUAAUGCGACACGAAGGCGGACUGUCGGAACAACUGGCUUGUGAAUAUUUUGCCCAAAUCGUAAGAGCGAUAUCGUACUGUCAUAAAUUACAUGUGGUCCACAGGGAUCUAAAACCCGAGAACGUUGUGUUUUUCGAGAAACAAGGCGUAGUGAAAUUAACAGAUUUUGGUUUCAGCAAUACAUUUUGUCCGGGACAAAAACUUGAAACAUCGUGCGGUUCUUUAGCUUAUUCAGCCCCAGAAAUUUUAAUUGGCAGUUCUUAUAACGCUACUGCCGUCGAUAUAUGGUCCCUGGGUGUAAUUCUGUAUAUGCUCGUAUGCGGUGAAGCCCCAUUUCACUCGGCCAACGACAGCGAAACCCUCACUAUGAUCAUGGAUUGCAAAUACAAAGUAUCCAGUCACGUGUCUGAAGAAUGUAAGAAUCUUAUCGGCCGUAUGUUGGUGCGAAAUCCGGACAAGCGCGCGACUCUCGAAGAAAUUGCCGCCGACGUAUGGUUAAAAAAGUCUAAAUCGUCAAACAACGACGAGAGUCCCUUAGUUUCCAAGCAGUUGAUCAACGAGGACGAUCACGCUUUAAUUAUUCAAAAAAUGAUAGCUGGAAAAAUAGCCACUAAGGAAGAAAUCGUCGAAGCUUUGGAUAAGAACGAAUACAAUCAUAUAACGGCUACAUAUUACUUACUGGCAGAGAGAAAAUUGAGUUCUACGACAAAGAAGAAAUUUCAAACAUCUAAAAAUGCCAAUGUUCCUCAAAUAAAAUUUGACAAUUGUAGCGAUAACAGUCCUGAAAAAGUCAGCGUAGCGCCUAAAUCUGCAGUAUUAGGAACUUUACUAUCUGAUCGCACCAAAAGAACUCGAAAGUGCAGUGUUGUCGUAGAAGAAGAAGACGAGAACGAAAACGAUGAAGAAGACGACGAGUGUAGCACUCCCACCAGGAGGGGUUCGCGAUCGGAAAGCAAAUUGAGUAGUAUUGUAUCGGAGUUGAUGUCCGAUGCUAUAACUGAAAUCCAAGAAUACAACACAGCGCCUACUCCGAUCGCACGCAAAACUCCGCCGCCGUUUGUGACAGCCCAGAGUAUGCCUCAAUUACUUCCAGACGACAAACACAGAACAGGAAAAUUCAUUACGUACGAACAGAGGCGAACGAAAAUGCACAAAAACCGUACGGCUUCCUGUAGUAGUUCUGAAACUAGCGACGACGACACAGACGGUCGGAAAAAGCGAGGAAGUAAUAGAUCGUUGGCGUCGUUCAAAGGCAACGACAAGGAUCCCGACGGGGACGGAAUGGGUAACGCGGGCAGUCAAGGAUCCGAGCCUUCGCACGAACACGACACCAGCAGUCGAGAAGGAGACAACAGUACCGCCAAGAAGACAGAAAGACCAAGCGGUAGUUCGGCCGGCAGACGUCAUUGCAUCACUUCGAGUUCAAGAAGCCGGAGAGGACGAUCGGCCGAGACGAGACUGAGGGAAAGCCAGAGCUUAAACCGUAUCACCGAAGUGCAAGAAUCUGAAAUACACACACCAAAUUCAACUACUAACGUCAAUCAUUUUAACUUUAAUAAUAAAGCCGAACAGGUAUUAACAAAUAACGAGAGAUCGGAAAAAGUCAGUAGUAAUAUUUCAAGCACGCCUCAACAAAAGAAACUUCAAACGUCCAAACGGAUUUCACUGAUAAGCAAAUAUUUGAAUUUGCAAAAAAAAUUGUGCACCCAAUUUUUGUUUGGCAAAAAAAAUAUGGAUAAUCGGUUGUACAAAGCGAAAUCGUGCUCGGAAAUGAUUAACUCGAAAACCCACAUUAGAGAAGUAAGCGUCGACAAAUGUUAACAAUUAUAUAUAGAUUAAAUUUUUAAAAUUAAAACACAAGAGAAUUUCCAAAAAAAAAAAAAAAAUACCAACAAAGCUAACAUUUAAUUAUAAUAAUAAAAUCUUUAUUGAAUCCAACCAACCCCCACCCCUUUCCUAUAUGGUUCCUGUUUAACGUUUUUUUAAAUUUAUAUAUGAUCAUUUUUCAUUUCAAAAACUUUUAUUUAGAAAAUGCCCUUUUAUUGACUGUUGUCCAUUUUAUAUAUUAUGUUUUAUUUAAAAAAUUAUUAUUGUUGUGUACCAAAUUACAUUUUUUUUUUUUUUAUAUAUAUUUAAGAGAUUAUAUUUUCAAUGUACAUUAUAUUCGGUCGUGGCACAAAAAUGAUUUUUAUUAUUUCGGUAAUAUCUCCUCAGUUUUUGGUUUUGUUUGGAUACACAAACUAAACAAAUUUAUUAAAAAAAAAAAACCACCAGACUAGUCAAUAUUUAUUCCCCAUUGAUAAUGUGUAGUACAAUAUUAUAAUUGAAUAUUUUUAUUAUCGAAUUUGUUGUUAUGUUUAAGUUUUAUUACCUUUUAGCGUUACGUUUGUAUAUGAUAAAACCUAGUUAGACAUUUUUUAUUUUUAAAAAAAAUACAAGUAUACUUAGUUAUUAGACUAUAAUAUUAUUAUUAGCUAUAUAGUAAUAUUAUUUUUUUUUAUUUAAUACUACAAAUACCACAAUGUACCUCCGGCGUCAUGUUGAACGUGCUCGUAAACUUUUGGUGUGCUUCCUUUUGCGUUGUUUAAAUCCAGUUUGCUGGGCUUGAAACACCGUCGCAAUACAAAUAUAUUAAUGUUAUAAAAAUAUGUGCAGCGUAAAAAAAAAAUUACACAAUAAUUGAAAUGCAGCUUUUUUACAGUUAUUUUGUCAUUUAACCAUCAAUGUAUUAGUUGUACACACGCUAUAGACUUCUAUGAAAUGUGUGAAGUCUAUUUUUUUUUAAUUAUUUGAUAACAAGAAGGAAAUAUUUGUGCAAUACAUUAUCGUUGAAAACUGACAAUCGUGUUUUGUGAAGGUUAACUAAUUUGUAAACGUACUUUUAGUUUUUCGACGUUUCAAUUUAAUAAUAAUAAUAUAAAACAUUUAUUGUAACGAGAUACUGCUUCCUCUUCCUAGACGAAUAUUUUAAUAUGAAUUAAAAAGAAAUUUGCAUGAUCGUUAACGAUAGUUUUAAAAUUGUGUGAAUACGUCCUUUAUUACCAAUCGGUUGUUCGUUUUUAAAACCAUAUUAAUGAAUAAUAAGAUGUCGAUAAUAUAUAUUAUUAUACCUAUAACAACAAUAUAACUUGUGGCGCAUUCAACGUAUUUAUAGUAAUGGUGCGAGUGUAAUAGUUAAGUCAUUUUAAUUAUUUAUCAUUUAAUUCGAAUUGAACUGGUUGUGAUUAUAAUUGGUAUAAGA